AUGCCCUCAGAUAACCUGACCCACGUAGUUGAAUUCAUUCUGGUUGGUUUCUCAGGUAAAGAGGAAAUCAAGCUUCUGCUCUUUUUUACAUUCUUUCUGGCUUACGUGCUAACAGUGACAGAAAAUGCAAUGAUUGUUGUGCUUGUCUGGACAAAUCUCCAGCUUCACAAGCCAAUGUACGUUUUCCUGGGCAAUCUUUCGUUUCUGGAGAUAUGGUACGUCUCUGUCACAGUGCCCAAAGUACUUGUGAGCUUGGUGACAAAGAGACAAGACAUCUCCUUCACAGGCUGCAUGGCUCAGCUAUUCUUCUUCCUGGCAUUGGCCAGCACUGAGUGCACUCUUUUGGCUGUCAUGGCCUACGAUCGCUACGUGGCCAUCUGCAACCCAUUGCAUUACCCAAUCAUCAUGAAUCACACUCUUUGUGCCCAUCUGGCCAUUGGCUCCUGGAUGAGUGGCUUCCUGAUUUCUACAGGGAAAGUUUACUUUAUUUCACGUCAGACCUACUGUGGGCCCAACAUCAUUAACCACUUCUUCUGUGAUGUCUCCCCCUUACUGAAGCUAGCCUGCACCAACAUGUCAGUAGCUGAGCUUAUGGAUUUCUUACUGGCCCUGCUCAUCCUUCUUGUACCACUCAUUGUGAUUAUGGCCUCCUAUGCAUGCAUUAUCGCUGCUGUCUUGGGCAUCCCUUCAGCCCAGGGACGUCACAAGGCCUUUUCUACCUGUGCCUCUCACCUUUUAGUGGUCACAGUGUUCUAUACAGCCUCCCUGUUUAUCUACGCCAGGCCCCAGCCAAUUGAUUCAUUCAGCUCCUACAAACUUGUAUCUGUGGUAUACACUGUCCUGACACCCCUCAUCAACCCAUUCAUCUAUUGCUUAAGGAACCAUGAAUUCAGAAUUGCUCUCAGGAAAACAAUACACUGGAGAGACAUCUUGCCCUACAAAUUUCAUCUAGGUUUUUCCUUAUUUAUUUAA